GUGGGUGGAGACUGUCGCUCGCUCUUCCUCCCGAGUCCCCUCCUCGGAAGUAGACGUCUCCGUCUAUAUUCCGUUCUUUUAUUUUUAUAUCUUUUUUACAACAGCCCCUUUUCCCCAAAAACUCGGCCUAAUGGAAGCCACGAUGGACGACUAAAGCUCCCGGCUACCCGAUUCCGCCCCUUUUCUUCACCCUCGGAUCGAGUGGACCGGAUGAAACCCAACUGUGGUUUUCUCCGCUUCGCAGGGGAGGUAGCUGUAUCCAGUGGGGAGGUAGGCUCAACCAGGGGAGGACAGAAUGAAGUUCAUCGAACCCUGGGGAGGCCAGAGGCUGUCUUUUCUCCUGGAAAAGGCAGCCUCUAGGGAAGCCAAGAUGUGGAAGGUCUACGUGCCAAAGAAGCCCUCCUCACAGGAUACAGACGUCUCCCCGGCCCAGCGGGAUGAAGCCGUUCGCUGGCUGACGGAGCUCCACAGCAGGUUAAAGCUCUACCCAGAGACCCUGGUGUUAGCCGUUAGCAUCCUGGACCGCUUCCUCGCUCCCAUCAAGGCCCGUCCUAAGUACCUGCGCUGCAUCGCCAUCGCCUGCUUCUUCCUGGCUGCCAAGACCUGCGAGGAGGACGAGUGUGUUCCGUCUCUGAGGGAGCUGGUCGCCUCCAGCAGCUGUGGAUGUUCUCCAUCAGAGAUCCUGAGGAUGGAGAAGAUCAUCCUGGACAAGCUGAACUGGGAUCUGCACACCGCCACCGCGCUGGACUUCCUGCACAUCUUCCAUGCGAUGGUGUUGUCGUGUCGGUCCGGGUUUUUGGACUCCAUGUUGGUACUGAACCGAUCUCAGCAUCUGGCCCUGCUCACCCAGCGACUCUACCACUGUCUGUCUGACCACACCCUCAUACAGCUCAGAGGAUCCAUGCUGGCUUUGGCUCUUCUCACCUUGGAGCUGGAGACUCGCUGUCCUGAUUGGCUGGCUCUGACCAUCGACCUGCUGAGGAAGGGACAGAUCGACAGCUCUGAGUUGAUUCGCAGUCGUGAGCUGGUGGCUCGUAGUCUGUCCACACUGAGAGCUUCCCUGCCUCCAAACACCGUCUACAUCUACCACCCCCUGCAGCCUGCGGCCCUGGACCGCACACGGACCACCACCUCCACCUCUGAGUCUUCCAGGGACCACGUCCUCACCGUCACCCAGCCUCAGACAGCUGCUGGUGGGGGAGAGAAGAUCCAGCAGCCCUGCAGCUCCUCAGCAGACAGCAGCAUCCCGGCUCUGCUUUCUCCUCCACUCCUCCACCCCAACCACCUGCAGAAGGUCACGCUGCGAUGCAAGGCCUCCGCCAAGCGAAAGGUGGAGGAGAUGGAGGUGGACGACUUCUACGACGGCAUCAAACGCCUCUACAACGAAGACACCACGGCCGUCCAGGAGGGGGCGCCGCCUGCCACAACACCAGGUGGAGGGGCAGGAGGAGGAGGCCUCGGCGUCUGCAGUGUCCUGUUGCCCCGACAGGAGGGCAACUCCUUGCCUUGCCCGCCUCUGCAGCCCGUCAGCGCCUCCUAGAGACCAAACUGGAAGCUGCAGUCCGAAACCGCCUCGACACCGACGACACCUUCAAAUUAAACUCGAAAAUUAGCGACAUCGACGGGCAACUACCUCAGAAAUAAAUAAAACGAAGACGGAGAAAGAUAUUCCUUGUAUAAAAAUCGACACAGUGGCAGCUCCGAGGCAAAAAUGUUGCCCAAGAAAUGAGAAAACAACGCGGCAUUAACGCUGGCGGCGGUCGAGGCGGUUCCCGUGGAGCUGCUGUCAGCUCCCAUCAGCCCCUGCAGCCGGAAAACAGAGCGCAAAAAAAACAAAACAUUCAAAAAGUUAAAAAACCUGCUGCUGCUACUCUCAUUAAUUCUAUUUGUUGAACACAAAAGGUUUAAAAAAAAUACAUAAAUAGAAAAAUGUUACCUUAAAAAAAACAAAAAAAAACCUAGAAUUGACUUCUGUUCCUCGUGUCUCACUCACCGCCCCGGUUUAUUUAAACGUCUUCAUCUGUCAACUUAUUUAUGUCUUUUCUUUGUUUCCUUUCAUAUGUUUGUGUUUUUUUCUGUCCUCUUUCCCUCCUCACUCUGCACGUUUCAGACCUCAACAGGAAGUGUGACUGUGAAUAAAUAGACGAUUAUCUGCAGCAUUCGCCCAGAUAAAAGAGAAAAGGUGUUGCUUUUUGUUUGUUUUCUGUAAAUGAAGUGCCAUUUUCUUGUUAAUAAGAUGCUAAUAUAAAUCUCCCUCCUUUGAAUCCCAUUUUUCCUCUCUAAAGCUUUGUUGUGGCGGCUCGACUAAAUGAAGUUUCUCAGGUUGUUUUAUUCACGAAAAUAUCAAAAAAGUCUCUUUAAGUUUGAAGCUUGAAUCCAGCUGUGUCACGCAGAUCGUUUCCCGUUUGUUUUCUGGUCUGGUUCACAUUUUCUAAAAGCUCCUUACCUUGAAAAGGCAACAGUUGGUUGGUUCGUUAUCUAGAAAUAGCAAAAAUAAUCUUUUUUUCUUCUUUUUCCUCCUUUUUAAUCAAAUCCAGCUAAAAAGAUCCUGUUAACUCUGACCCUGAGGUUGCAUUUUUUGGUUCAAAAUUAGAAAAAUAAAAAAGGUCAAAACUUAAGCUGAUAGACAGAAAUGUGGUUUUCCAGCAGAAAGAGACUAAAGCUACAACACGCUCUGUUUUUAUCUCUUCAAGUUCUGUUUAACAUAUUUUUUUCUAUGUGCAAAAAGCUCUGUUGUUCCUGCUGCAGGGAGCCGCUGGAGGCUACCGCAGGUCCCUGAACGCACCACUGAAUAAAAUAUAUGAGAACUGA